CAUGCGCGUACCGUUGACAGCCGCCGGUUGGUGUUGUUCCAGCUGUGUUGUAGACUCAGGGCAUAUGUAGACCAGAGGCCAGCACAUCAGUUUUUCUCUACAGACCGCUGACCUGCACCCAGCCGAGGAGGUCAGAGAGACGAACACAGAGCAAUCACAGUGAUUGAUGACAAAGUGGACUGAUAGGAGAUGUGUGCCGCUAUCUACAUCUUGUCUACAGUGACGGGGUAUGUGCUCACCUCGGCCCUGCUGCUCAAAUGUCCAACUCUUCUGCACCGGAGGAAGAGGGAAAGGUUCCUCAGUAAGCACAUUUCCCAUCGUGGAGGCGCUGGAGAAAACCUGGAGAACACCAUGGCAGCUUUCAAACAUGCUGUGGAUCUCGGCACAGACAUGCUGGAGCUGGACUGCCACCUGACGAAGGACGAACAGGUUGUGGUCUCCCAUGAUGGUAACUUGAAGAGGAUUUGUGGCAUCAACGCUAACAUCAGCGACCUGACCUAUGCUGAUCUUCCCCCAUAUCUCUGCAAGCUGGGUGUAACUUUUCAAAGGGAGUGUUUCUGCGAGGGCGGUGAGGACAAACGUAUCCCACUCCUCAGGGAUGUCUUUGAUGCCUUCCCAAACACUCCCAUCAACAUCGACAUCAAGGUCAACAACGACACACUCAUUAAGAAGGUUUCUGAGCUGGUCGUUAAGUAUGACAGAGAGGAUCUGACUGUGUGGGGCAACUCCAGGAACCAUAUUGUCAAAAAAUGUUACAAGGAGAAUCCCCAUAUUCCAGUUUUGUUCAGUUUUCCCAGGGUGCUGCACCUUCUUGGGCUCUUCUACACAGGCCUCCUGCCCUUUGUGCCCUUGAAGGAGCAGUUUCUGGAGAUCCCCAUGCCCUCCCUGCUGUCUAAACUAAAAGAUCCCAGCAGAUUAACGCGGAGUCAGCGGUUGAUUGCCUGGCUUGCAGACACUUUGCUGAUGAGGAAAGCUCUUUUCCAACAUUUAACUGCCAGAGGAAUACAGGUGUACAUUUGGGUGCUGAAUGACGAGGAGGAUUUCCAACGGGCGUUUGACCUGGGAGCCACGGGAGUGAUGACAGAUUUUCCCACCAGGCUCAAAGAGUUCAUGGAGAGGAAAAGCAUUUCUAAAUCCCAGUGACCUGCCAACUCCUACCUCUCCCUGUCUCCACGGUCAUUAUCCUUCAAGCUCGCUGACCUGCCAAACAAGCUCCCCACAUUCACCCGCUUUUACUGCACGCAUUCCUGCAGACCUACUUCCACGUUGGGUUUGCACAAGUGUGAGACUCCACUGACUCCCCUCGUAUUGGGGAUGCAUCCUUUUAUUGUUGUAGCAACAGGAAAAUCCCAAGAAGAUUUUUAUUUGAGUUGAUACCAGUUAUCAGAGUCGUCGAUAUAUUCAUCAUGCAGCAACAGCCGUGUGAGAGAAUUACAACUAAAACUGGUAUUAAGCAUGUUAGUGGUUACAAAAAGCUACCUGGAAUGGUUGCAUACCUUCAAUGCUGGUUAUGAGGUUUAUACAUUUAACCCAACAAGUCUCUGAUUAAUUUGACAAAAACCGAACUUUUCUGACACGACGCCUGGAUUUGGAUAAAACCGUCAUAAAAAGUGAAGGGUGUUUAUGAGCUAUAAAAAAAAUAAAUAAAAAUAACGAAAGCAGUUAGAUCCGUCAGGCUGCUAUAAAACAAGCUUUCAUUAACACGUGGUUCAAAUGUAACCAUUUGCUGAACCAUUUUCACAAUCAACCAAUGUCGUAGCACAAACUAUAUAUAAAAAAAAGCAACACAUUUUAAAGCUUCAAAUAUAUAAUUUUGCAAGCAAUUGUAUUUUUUUAUGUUAAACAUUGAAGGUAAUUUAUUUCAUUGGUUAAAUUCAGUGGGACUCAGAGUGAUGUCUUUGAAGUGUUUGUUCCUGUACAACCUGAUUUCACACACGCUGGUCCUCUGAACGUGCAGAAUAGAACAUGGACGCCUUAAAUUACUGCAUCAAAGCCGACGAAGUGUUGAGGAAGAUCAGUUCUGCUUCAAAAAUGACCAUCGGCUCACCUGCGUGGUAUCCCUUGUCUUCCUCUUUCCAAUAGGCAAUAACAUUACCAUUCUGUUCCUUUUGUCUCAAACUAGAGAAAAUUAAUUGUGUCAUUGUUGAAAAAUGUUGGGUUCGAUUCCAGCUUCCUCCCCUGACAUAUGUUGAUUAAAAACCUUUCUUCCCCUAACACGACUGACGGCUAAAAAAAAAAAAUAUUGAAGGAGGAAAUCUUGGUUUACGUGAUAAUCAAUGUCUAAACUAUUUGUAUUACACCUGCUGUAUCAUAUCCCUUUUUGAAUUGUUGUUGUUGUUGUUUCCCUAACAUUAGACACGCACUGAAAACAGUGUUAGGUGUUGAAGGAAGUCAACACUUUACACUGCUCUGUUGACUUCCUUCAACAAAGUGGGACAAAAUGACCACUAAAAUAUAUUCAGCUAGUUUUAUCGGAUCUGAAUUUUGACGUUAUUAUGUGAAAAUGUAUUUUCCUACAACUUAUCAUGUGGUUUUACUGUUCAAGUAUUGAACAGUAGGUAUAGCGUUGGUUUCUUAGGCUGCAGUAUCUUGAAUCAGGCUAUUGUUUGGCCUUUACAAUGACAAAACAGUUUGUCGACAGCUGAAAGAAAAGUUUAUAUGAAAGUCAAAAAUGUCCUGCCAUCCUAAAAAAAGCAGAAGUCCUCAGUUUAACCCUCCUGUUAUGUUGUGGGUCAAAUUGACCCAAUUUAAAGUGAAAAAUAUUUUAAAAAUAAGUGGAAGUAGGGGUGUGCUGUGGUGGCGUAGGGGAUAGCGCAACCCACAUUUUGGAGGCCUUGAGUCCUCGACGCGGCCGUCGCGGGUUCGAUUCCCGGACCCGGCGACAUUUGCCGCAUGUCUUCCUCCCUCCCCCUUUCCUGUCAGCCUACUGUCAUAUAAGGGACACCAGAGCCCACAAAAAGACCCCCUGGAGGGAAAAAAAUAAAUAGUUGGAAGUAUUUUUUUUGCAGACACACACAAGCCACUUUCUCACUAUUCUCUUUACUUCACUAGGAAACUGUGAGAAAGCAGGUGUUCAUACAACUUUUGAUGAGAAUCUUUUCUGUUUCUGUGGACAAACUCCACCCAGCAGAAGUGGAGGAAAAACAUAAAUACUCUCUGCAUCACUCAUUUAUCUUGAUUUUAAUCAGUGGCUCAAUUUGACCCUGAACAGUAUAUCUGUCACAAGUUAAAUUAUAAAGAUCAUCCAUUGAAUUAUUAUUUUUUUUUAAUUAAAUUUAAAAGAUCAAUUUCAAGGGUUUUUUGUGUGCCUAGGUUUUUUUUCGGUGGACAUAAAAAAAGUAAAUUACAUUUUUUAUGUCCAAAUGAAUAAAUGAGUAAAUUGUUGUCAAUGGUUCUUCAUUUCUGAGAAAUAAAAAAACAUCAUUGCACAAAUGUUGAUUGAAAUGGUUAGUAUUGGAGUUAAUAAUCAGAUGCAAAAAUGGUUUGGAGAAUUAUUUUGGUUUCUGACACUAUUGCCUGAUUAAACACUCCCUGGGUCAAAUUGACCCACGAACAUUAUUGCUGUACCUCGGAAACGAACGGGGUUAAAGUUCUCACUGUUCUGAAAUAAUAGGAAACUUGAAAGAGACAAACCCAUUGUUUUUGUUAUCUGUACUACCCAGCAGCAGUUUGCUGGUUUUGUUGUAUUAUUAUAUGUAGAAAUGGCUGUUUAGUUUUGUUUUUUUCCUUACAUCAAAUGAAUAUGUUGCUCAUCUGUGACUUAGAGAAGAGUUUUGCACAAUUUAUGAAUCUUUUAUUUUCUCUUGCAUCUUUGAAACAGUGAACAUAUUUAAAUCAUAUAUCUGAUUUUCAUCUUUAGACGAUAUGCCAGCCCAAUAGAGGUAAAUUAUGUUUCUGAUAUUUCACUUCUCUGCUGUUUUUGAAGCUGCAAUGUAUUAAAAACUGCGAGACAAUGAUACCCAGGCACCAAAUACUCCUGCACUGAUGUUGCAAGGAGGGUGUAAUAGGGUUACUACACAUAUAUAUAUAUACCAAUGAUAUUUUCUGAUCUAAACAUGUCACCACAUGUUUGUAAUGAAUGUAGUUAUGAUUGAAUGUAUUAUGAGAUGUUUGGUAUUUUGCUGUGGGAACAGAGUUUCUCUUUUGUUUACUGCUUUCAUUGAAUUAUUUUCAUAGUGUUUCUUGAGUUGCAAUUUUUUUUUUUCUGAACCUGAUCCACUGUUGGUUACAUUAUUGUGUUGUAUUUGGUGUCCUUUUCUUUUUCAUGCUUCAAACAAGCUGCUCUGUUUGAACAGCAUCAGUCUGUGGGACUGGACACCUUGGAUUUUUCAAAGCCUUAUCCCACAGUUUAUAUUAUCUCUAAUUUCCUUGAUUAGAGAUAAUAAAAAGUGAAUUUUCAUCCA